CUGACCACCCCACCCGAAAAUAUCUAAUCUCAUGCAUCUGAUCCAGCCAAUGAAGGACUCCUGGAGAUGUUAACUAGAUGGAACAGGUGUGGCAGAUUGUGGUUUCAACUACAGUCCACAGAAAGGUAGAUCAGGACCAGGGAAGGUGACCACUAUUCUAGGGCUUUCAUGGUAAAACUUUCCCCUGGGCACUAAAAUGCUCAUCUUGUUUUUGUCACUUCAUACAUUUAGGGUGUUUGGCAGAUGCUUUUAUCCAGAGUGACUUACAGUUUGAUCACUUUACACAGGUAGGCAAAGGUAGCAUUAGGAGUCUUGCCCAAGGACUCUUAAUGGUAUUGUGUAGAGCGUCUGCCCAGGCAGGGGAUUGAACCCCAGUCUACAGCAUAGGAGGCAGAGGUGUUACCCACUACACUACACCAACACAGUGUGUAGUACACAGUUUGCUACUAUUCCAUUAUCAAAGAUAACAGUAUGGCAGAGCCCAGUGAGGGCAGCCAGUCUGGACCUUUACGACCACCUUUCGCUUUGGGAAGAGGACUGCCAGGACGGUCAUUACUGAACCCUCCGCCUCCAGGCAGACUCACAUCUCUGCGCUCCAGAGACCUAACACUGGGUGGAUAUAAAAAGAAAACAUUUGUGCCAAACGUCCAUUCUAUUCGCAAAAGCAAAGAUGAUUUGCGGAGGUUAAAGGAGGAGGCCCGCACUGCACCGAAGAAGGACAGAAGAGAAAGAGAAGACAGACAGAGAGAGCGCAAGCGACGAGAAAGACCACAAACUAUUCAGUCACACUCAAUUUUUGAGCAGGGUCCUGCAGACACCUUCAGGAAAAUAGGAAGUUGGGGGAGCACAAGUUUGAGCGACUGUGACCCUGCAUUCGUUACCAAGUGUAUUAAAAAGGAGAAGAAUGUUCCUGAGGAUGAUGACAAUGAAAUUUUAGAAAAGCUUCAGCGAGAUGAUUUCUUAGAUGAUCCUGGCCUGAAAAAUGACCCCAAGCACAGACCAAUAAGGCUUCCACUCCAUCAAUCAUUCAACUUUUUGACAGCGGAGACAGGUAUCUCAUUAAAGGAAGAGACAUCCGAUUAUACUUGUUCAAAGUCACCAAGAACACAGCCAAGAUUUCCAUCACAAGCAAGCAGAACUUAUGCAAGUGAUCAGCCUUCUACUGUUGGAGAUCUUUUCCAGCAAUUAAGUGUUUCGGACAAGGAAGAGCUCCUAUUCAUCCAGCUUCCUGAUACCAUACCUGGCCCCUUGAAAGCUACUAGCUGUGACAAAUCAUCAAAAAAAGAAGGCAAAGCUGAAGACAAGCAGUCAUCUCAUGCUAAAGCACAGGAUCCCAUGGAGAAGGAGGCUGUGCCUGUACUCUCUGACCUUUCAGAAGGACUGAUUGGAAAACUGCAAGUUAGGAAAUCUGGCAAAGUGCAGCUAGUUAUGGGGGACAUUACGUUGGAUGUCUCAGAAGGAGCAGCUUUUUCUUUUCUGCAGCAACUUGUGUCUGUGCGUCUUACGGAGGGCCUAACCGGAGACAUGACAGUCCUGGGUAACGUCACCCACAAGUUGGUGUGCUCGCCUGACUUUGAGGCUCUCCUUCAGGGGGUCAAAGCUUCUUCAAACACAUAUUCACUCUCCAAGUCUUAGCUUUACCAGUUGACAGUUUUCAAAAGUUGCCCUAGCAGUCGUUUUUUUUGGCGCCGUUUUCUUUGCUGGCGCUUUGGCUUUCAACACCUUCACCUGGGACUUUUUACCACCUUUGGUCACUGCCAGCUUCUUCGGU